ACAACUUGUUGUGCUUGUGUCCGGAGUUCUCCUCCUCUUAGGAUUUAGAGUUCUCACAUCUUUAUUGAGGAAAUCCUUUGAUUCAGAACAUCUUGAAGGUUCUCUUUUUGGUUAAAGUGUUAGCAGUCGUCUCCUCAUCAUGUCGGAUCACAGCAGAACUUCAGAGGAGGUAAAGGCUUUCCUUCUGUCCAGCAUAGGAAACAAUGCACAGCAGACAGUCCACUUCUACGACAGCUGGGCAGAGACAUAUGAAAAGGACUCUGAGAAGAUUCAUUACAAUGCACCAAAUUUAACCGUGGAUUUCCUGGAUGCAAACUUCCCUGGGAGCCGUGAGGACGUUCAGGUUCUAGAUGUUGCUUGUGGAUCAGGCCUGGUCGCCAAACUGAUGGUUGAGAAAGGCUUUAAACACUUUGUGGGAGUGGAUGGAUGUAAGAAAAUGCUGGAGCUAGCUGCCAAGACCAACCUCUAUCAGGACCUCAGUCUGGCUUUACUGGGGACCCAACCACUGCCUGCAGAGACCGGUGUGUUUGACGUUGUGAUCCUCGUCGGUGGUCUGGGUGAGGGAUUUAUACCGGUCAGUAUUGUCAGGGAUCUCUGCCACGCAGCCAAACCAGGAGGUUUGGUCUGCAUGACGCGAGGCAAUCACAGCAAAGGAGAGGAGAUGGAGUACAAAGAUGAGUUGGAGAGAGAGCUGCAGCUGAUGGAGCAGGAGGGACUGUGGAGUCAGGUGGGAACCAAACACACAGACAGGUACAUGGGGGACGUGCAUUCAAGCACCAAUGGAGACCAGAACAACCUGCAAGAAGAGCAAUUCAUCAGCGGCAGCAUUUACCUGUACAAGAAAUCCAUCCAUCCACAGGCUGACAUCAUCCAGUAGACUCAGAGGGGACGAGAGACUGUCUGCCAGCCAAACGAAAGUCUGGAGCUGAAUAAAAUGUUGAUUUUAAUUACAAA